UCGGCGCGCUGACGUGGGCGGAUCAAAGCAGCUGCCCGUGCCUUAUAAAGCAGUUCGGGCGGCCGGCACCAGAGACCGUGCCGGGUGAGGCGGAGAGCUCCGGCGAGCGGGCGAGCGCAGGCCCCGGGAGCCGAGCGCCCUCCAGAGCAGCCUGAGUGUGCGCCCCAGUCCCCGCGGGACCCCAGCAGGCCUCUGCCUGCCGGGAUCCCGGGCGUGCUUCUCUGGCAGCUCGCGAAGAGGACGCCCUCGCCGCCUGCCCAGCCCGGAGAGCUCCCGGGUCCGCUGGGGGCUGCGCUCGCCGCUCCCCCGCCCUCCCGGCCAGGCGAGCGCCCCAGGAGGCGGCGUGCGCGCAGGAGGAGCGACGGCGGCCGGGCGCGCGGCGGGACUUCGGCGCGGCUUCCGCAGGGUGCGACCCCCCGGCGCGCCAGCCGCGCGAGGAUGAGGGCGCGGCCGCAGGUCUGCCAGGCGCUGCUCUUCGCCCUGGCGCUCCAGACCAAUGUGUGCUAUGGCAUCAAGUGGCUGGCGCUCUCCAAGACCCCGGCGGCCCUGGCACUGAACCAGACGCAGCACUGCAAGCAGCUGGAGGGCCUGGUGUCCGCGCAGGUGCAGCUGUGCCGCAGCAACCUGGAGCUCAUGCACACCAUCGUGCACGCGGCCCGCGAGGUCAUGAAGGCCUGCCGCCGGGCCUUCGCGGACAUGCGCUGGAACUGCUCCUCCAUCGAGCUCGCCCCCAACUACCUGCUUGACCUGGAGAGAGGGACCCGGGAGUCAGCCUUCGUGUAUGCGCUGUCGGCGGCCGCCAUCAGCCACGCCAUCGCCCGGGCCUGCACCUCCGGCGACCUGCCUGGCUGCUCCUGCGGCCCCGUCCCAGGUGAGCCACCCGGGCCCGGGAACCGCUGGGGAGGAUGUGCGGACAACCUCAGCUACGGGCUCCUCAUGGGGGCCAAGUUUUCCGAUGCUCCUAUGAAGGUGAAAAAAACAGGAUCCCAAGCCAAUAAACUGAUGCGUCUACACAACAGUGAAGUGGGGAGACAGGCUCUGCGUGCCUCUCUGGAGAUGAAGUGUAAGUGCCACGGGGUGUCCGGCUCCUGCUCCAUCCGCACCUGCUGGAAGGGGCUGCAGGAGCUUCGGGAUGUGGCCGCCGACCUCAAGACCCGCUACCUGUCGGCCACCAAGGUGGUGCACCGACCCAUGGGCACCCGCAAGCACCUUGUGCCCAAGGACCUGGACAUCCGGCCUGUGAAGGACUCGGAGCUCGUCUAUCUGCAGAGCUCCCCUGACUUCUGCAUGAAGAACGAGAAGGUGGGCUCCCAUGGGACGCAGGACAGAGCCAGAGCUGGCAUCCCUACAGCAGGUCCCAUCACAGCUGCUGAAGCCGAUUCAGGACAGGAGAGAAGGAGGGAGCCAGUGGUGACUACAGACCUACUAUGUGCCAGGAAGGGCUGGUGAGGAUUCAGGGGAGCAGCUCUUCCCAGAGAUGGUUCAGGAGGAACCCAGUCCUGAAAUGCUAUAAAGAAAUAGUUCUGCAAUCAAAUACGUUUGGAAAUUCUCUUUGGCGAUUUGCAAGGCACGAGAACAUAUUAAAGGCUCUGAGGAAUCCCGCAGUAAAGGAUCUGUCUAAGCCAGUGUUUCCCAGAGGUGUUUGGCUGUGGAACUCUUUUAUUAAGGAGCCCCUAAUAGCAUUCCACAAAACUAGUGUUCUUCCAGGUUAAAAGAAUAUUGAACCAGAGUGAGGGUGUCUGAGAACGUGUCUGGCACAUAGUUGGUUCCUGGCCAGCUUUUGCUUCCUCCUCAGCCCACGUUCCUGUCUCCAGGAGAGGGGGACUGCUUUGGGGGGCUCCAUCCUCACAGGCCAGGGCAGCAGGCUCUGCAAGGAGGCCCACGCUCCCAUCUGGAGGCCAGAUUGAGAGACUCAGGCAGAAUGAAGAUGGAACCAGGUCAGGCCAGGGAGACAGGAAGGAGCGAGAGUCUGGGCUGAGGCAGCCAGGGUGGGUGUGAUGAGGAUGGGGUUGGGGGGAAGAUUCUAGAACCCAGAGGACCUGGGGGAAGCACACUGAGGACCCCAGAGCAAAGAGAGGGUCUCCCUGGAUCCACGGGGCGGUGCGUGUGUGUGUGUGCGUGUGUGUGUGUGUGUGUGUAUAUGUGUGUGUGUGUGUGUGUGUGUGUGUGUGUGUGCGCGCGCGCGCGCGCACGCGCGCACAUCAGGGAAGAACAGUUCCCACCCUGACGCUGCAGUUUCCUAGCUAUGGGACCUUGAGCAAAUCCCUUCACCUACCUAAGGCUCAAGUCUCGUCUUCUGUGCCAACAGGAUGAUACCACUCACCUGGGAAGGUUGGCAAGUGAUUCUAAUCACAUUUACGGAGCAGCCCCUCCUUGCUGGGUGGUGUCAGUGCUGUAGGAAGGGUUUGUGAAUGACAGUCUCCCCUCCCCAAGGCUGCCAGGCCUCUUCCUUCCCAGCUGUCCCGACUCUGCACCUAGGACUUGCCCCCAAACUAUUGACGAGGAGGCCCCAUUCCACAGCACCAGCUACCACCCUUGCUUUCUCAGAAUGCUAUCCCCCACCGCCCCCAGGCUUCCUGCCGUGCUCAGCUCUGGGCCUCUGCAGACAGCUGUAUGGGUCAGCUCUUCCUGCAGUAACAAACAGCCCUUACAUCUCAGUGGUUCACAACCACAGACACUUCUUACAGCAUUACAUGAGGCUCUGGCAGGCACCAGGGAUGGGGAGGGACAGCAAGUGCUCAGACUGUGACAGGGAAAACGGGGAGCCCAGAGGGGCCCUGACUCAGCCUAGACAUCAAGGAAGGCUGCCUGGAGGAGGGGAAACAUGAGCUUUACUAGAUUAGGGAUUUGGGGGGUACAGGGGGUUGGAUGCAAAUGAGCUUUGUUAACUGUAAAAGGCAGGUACACAGGUGGUACACGUGGCUGGGCCCCUAGCUGGGCAAGAUGCUCUCCUCAAAUCCAGCCUGGUGAACUGAAGCCUCCUCAGCAGUUCCUAUUCCAAACUCUGAAACCUGCCCUUUCUCCAGGCCCCAGUCUCCCCAGCUCCCCCUCACAGGCACCAUCGCGGGUAUUGUCUGGCUCUGGGGUUGGAGGCCAUGUUUCAAACAUUGCAUGUCAGGGACCCAGAAAUAAAAAUGAAACUCUGCCCCCUUCCACUGCCCUUUCCUAGAGGAGUCAUCCAGAGACCUUCAGGUUCAGGCUAGGGAGACUAAUGGUGUCGAGUGACUAAACAAAGCCCAGAAAUGUUAAGUGACUUGCCUUAAGUCACACAGCCAGUAAGAAGCAGAGCUGGGGUUUGAACCCAGGUCUGUCUGGCUCUGGGGCCUGUGUUCUUUCUGCUCUUCCCUCCUGCCCGGAACUGCUUCCAGUCCCCACACGCAGGUUGCCAUCUCCUCCUGACUCCCCCUCCAAAGUGCUCCCCUGCUUCCCUCCCCAUGGCUCCUUCCCAGCUCAGGCUUCAGCUUCUCUUACUCAGCUGCUGCUGGCAGCAGCCUUCCUGGCCUCCCUGCCUCCAGCCCUGCUCCUCCAUCCAUCUCUCAGUCCCCUUAGAUUAGGUCAGGUCAGGGUGUUUGUCCUCCUUGCCCCCAACACCCUUUCUCCUCCCCUUCAUCUUAGAUUCCUGUUCAUCUUUCAUGCAAUGGUCUGGAUGAUCCCUCCCCCUCCAGGAAGCCUUCCUGAGCUCUCACAGACCCCGUGCUCACCCUGUGUGAUGCUGGGCAAGACUCUUCCCCAUUCUGUGCCUCAGUUUCCCCAUCAGGAAAUAUGAGGGUUGGAUUUGGUCAUGUCUAGGGCUUGCCCACCUCAGACAUUCUGGGAUUCCUUGGUCCACAUGGCUGUGGGGAUCCAGCUGCAUCCCAUGACAGCAUCCCUGUCGAGCCUAAGCCCAGCUAGAUGAAAUGCCAACCUGCACAGAUGUUUCUUCGCUAGACAGAAGAACUGACGGCAAGGAUAUUUGGGUUUUAUAGCGACCUUCAGCGUCUUCUUUGCCCACAGGACUGAUUCAGGAAGAAAUGCAGCCCCUGGCAGCCCAUGGGUUCUCUGCCCUUUAGGGUGGGGAGAAUAUGCACUGGAUUUGGUUUCAGGACCCCUGAGCUUGAGCCCUGCUUAUCCACAAACUCCUGUGAGACCUUGAGCAGGCCUCUGCCCUUGCUGAGCCUGUUUCCAUCUGGGAAAAAUGGGCAUAGUAAUUCCACUGACCCAAAGACCUUGCCUGCCUCGGAUAAGAUGAAAUACUGGAGGGAAGCGCCUGGUUCAAAGGGGGCAAAUUAUUGACGGACCCUCUGUCUCCACCAAGAGAGUGCCGAACGCUCAGUUUGCCUCACAUCCGAUGCCAUUUGUUUGUUUCAGAAUUUAUCCUGGGAUUCUAAAAGUAAAAACGAUCUUUACGCUUGUUACAAUAUAAUUAAGGAUUAAAUACGAAGAUAGGAUUAUUAGACAGUGGCUUGAGACACUUUCAAGUAUUUAGAAGUAGAAGAUAUAGGAAAAGAGACAAAGGAAACAAAACACCCCCUCAUUUUGACGAAUGCCUAUUGGAAAUAUAGGGAAAAGUGAGAAGCACCCCUGGGAAAGAGGGUUAUUUUAAAUUCCCCAAAGACCAAAACACCGUCCAAGGGGGACUGAGGCUGCAGCCGUGGUCAGAGGAGGCUGGGGCUGCCUGGCUGGGGGUGGAGGUACUGGUGGGUGACAGGAUGCUCAUUGACCUCCCCUCCCC